AUGGCUGCAAAGAUUCCACUCGGCACCAACAUUGCAGAUAGUAUAUGUCUUCAAGAUUUCGACCCAGAUCUACGGCAAUCCAUUCAUGCAAUCAUCGAAAAAGAAGGCUUCAUAAAGUAUGCUAUCGAUAAAAAGAAGUUUAACACUGGUGGAGGUAAUUUUAUGGCUGAUUUAAUCGAGAUUGAUAUUAAAGGUAUAACUGCCGAUGGCGAAAAGGAAUUAAGUUUAUUCAUCAAGAAACAAAUCCCUUUGGAAAAGAUUAAGGUAUUCGACUGCAAUGUAGUUUAUCGCAAAGAAUUAUUCAUAUACACUGAAUUGAUAAAAGUCAUGACGUUGCUGCAAGAUAAAGCAGGAGUGCCAAGUGAUGACAGAUUUAAACUUGCAAAAGCUUACAAAGGAUCUAGUGUAAAUGCUCUAAUUUUUGAGAAUCUUACGAAAAAAGGUUUUAAAACUUACGGAAGAUUGGAUUUACCACCUGUGAAGUAUUUAGAGCUUGCUGUUAAAGAGCUUGCCAAGUUUCAUGGUAUAUCAUUCGUGAUGGAGCAUUAUAUGCCGGAAUUUUAUGAGAGUAAAAUAAAAUCGAUAAACAAUCAGUUUAAUUAUAAUGAAGAUUGGAAGGAGUUGAUGAAAAAAGUUUACUUAUACACGGCAAAUUUAUUAGGCGGUGAAAUCAAGAGAAAAAUUGAAGAUUUCCUUCCGAUCGCGAUAGACAAAUAUCCUAAGUACGACAAAGACCAAACUACUGUGAGAUGUUGUUUGACACAUAUGGAUUACCGUCCCAACAAUGUGUUGGUGCGGGAAAGCAAUGGCGAACCCGUGGAAGUAAUGGUGGUAGACUUUCAGCUUAUGGACUACGGGUGUCCACUAAAAGACUUUUUGUUCUUCAUCUACGCAUCCACGAGUAGAGAAUUCAGAGCAAAACAUCUGGACGAUCUCAAGGACCUGUAUUUUGAAACUUUGUCGAGAUUUCUUAAAUAUUUUGAGUUGGACGUGGACGAUGUAUAUCCUAGGAAGGAAUUUGAAAAGGUAUAUAAGGAUUGGAUGGACUAUGGACUAAUCAGGACGUUAUAUGCGUCAGUAUUUCUAUUCGCUCCUGACACAGGAUUGGACGUCAGUAACCUGAGCCUCGCAGAACUGCCCUUUAACCCUGAUAGGGUGUUCGAGGAGAGGGCGCGAGGUUGGCUAGAAGAUUUUAUAGAAGGAGGCUAUUUAUAA